GGUUGCGGCUGGUAAAUAAAGAUUUCCUGAUCUCUCUGCUCUCCAUGGCCCUGUCGUUUCUCUAACAAAUUUGCGCCACGGAUCGGAUCUCCGCAGACCCGCAGCUGCCAGUAAAAAUAAUAAACAAAGAAACAUAAAUAGAGAGGGAAGCAUGCCGGGCGGAGACGUGGACCUGCAGGCUCAGGUGGAGGCUGUGCUCGGUGCGCUGCUCAAAGUGGCCACGGUGGAAUUGACCAAACUGUUUGAGAGUCGGUACCGAGCCUCACACACCGAGAUCGGAGAGGAGCCGGAGGAAAGCCUGGAGACAGUGGACAGACUGAGGAGAGAGGACGGCAAACUCCUGCGCAGCGUCGGGGUGCAGGUGGAGGAGGAUAUUAAAUCGCCGCUGGAGCUCUCAGUUCCCCUUUUCCUCUCAGAUGGUGAUUGUUUGAAAGAGUGUGUGGAGGGCGAGGGGGAGGAGGAUCUCAUUCCAGCAGACUUCCUCCUGGUUGAAGAUAAUCACCAUGUUGACCCUGAGUGGGCCCUCCUCACAGACAAGGAGGUGGAGAUGAUGGAGGCGUGCACCGUCAAAACAGAGCUGCCUGCCGCCGCCGAUCCCAAAACAGAGGCUGUCCUUGAUGUGAAGGAGGAGCGAUCUUGCUUGCCUGCAGAUCAAAAACCUGGAUUUUCACAGACUUCCUCAGUUAGGCAGAAGCCUCUGCUGAUCCAGCCAGACAGGAGUGCUCUUAGUGCUGGGAGCCCGGUGAAGUUUGUUUGCCCUCUGAUCCUGAAAGCAGACUGUCCAGCCCCCGAACCUGAAUGUUCAGAGGAGCCGGUUCAGGUGGAGCCCCAGCAGGCCAGCGUCAGCACCGCCGAGGGCAAGGCCUACAGCCCGUCACCUUCGGAUGGAGCCGUGGCUCCUCCGCCGCUCAGGAUUUGGGAACGGAUCGACACUGGGCCAGAAACGGAGAAACACCUCCAGCUGAAACUGAAACUGACCUCUCCAGACCAGAAGCUGAUGAGGCCGUGUGCAGUUCAGCUCGUGAACCUCUUGGCAGUGCCUGAAUCAGAGGUGACACAAGACGCUGAUGUUGCUAAACAUCAAGGCAGUGACCACAAAACGGGGUUGCCUCUUCCCAAAGACCUGCGUCGCCACCAGGGUCUCCACACAGGCCACCGUCUCUGCUGCUUCACCCGCUGUGGAAACGGCGUGUGGCGUCUCCAGAGCGUCGUCACCCACUCCCGCGGUGGAUAUGCUUGCAACAUCUGUGGGAAGAAGUUCAAGCGGAGGAAAAUUCUCCGGCGACACGAGCGCUUCCACACCGGAGAGAAGCCAUACACGUGUUCCCACUGCUCCAAGGAGUUUGCCCUGAGGAAGAGUCUCCGGCGCCACGAGAGGUUCCACACGGGGGAGCGGCCGCACAGCUGCCUUCAGUGCGGCAAGAGCUUCCGACUUCGAGACAAUUUAAAAGCUCACCUGAGGUUUCACAGUGGAGAAAAGCCUUUUAGUUGUGCCACAUGCGGGAAAAAGUACAGGAUCCUCAGGAACCUGGAGAAACAUAAACUCAGCCAGUGCGGAUUCUUCGUCCCUUCAUUCAGGAAAAUCGCCGGCUUGUAGAAGUCGUCGGCUGGUUGUGUGCGUUACGUGAUCCUCUACCUCAUAUUCUAAACACUGUAGUGCUUCUGUAGACUAAUGAUAAACUGACUUCGAAAGACAAGAAAAAGUCUGGAUUGUAUUACUUACUGAGUCAUUCCGAAGACAAAAAGGUUCACAUUAAAAAAAUAAAAUAAAAAACUAAGAAGGAUUGGAAUGUGAUGUGAGGCCAGGUUCAUCAAAACACUAACUACUGUUUUUUUGUUUUGUUUUGUUUUGUUUUUAAUCAAAAUUGCACAGGUAAUCAGAUAGUACUUUGUGCUCAAGAGUCAACAGGUGUGUCAAGCUGUUGAAAACAUUGAAUACUCAAUAUUUAGGCUCUUUUAUUUAGGCUCUGUGUUUUAGAAGGAUGGGAAGUUUUUUGCUUGAUUCCUAAAAAUCUGAAUAUUGAAUAACAGAGACGCUGCGGUGCAAUGCCACAGUCACUGAAAACACACGUCUCUAUUAUUUUGUAUUCAGCCGAUAUUAAGCUUUGCAGUUUAAUCUGACCACUAGACGGUAUCGAACGCAGCAACGCGUUUGUACGUCAGCCCUUCGCAAAGCCACCCCCUGCUUCCUCGUUAAUGUAGCUACACAUGACGGCAGUACAGAGGCCAGAACUUUGCUGACCUCUGCACGAUAUCGUGAUAUGACACUAGAUAUUGUCUGGUGUUUCAGAUACGGUAAUAUCAUGAUAUGGCAGAAGUGUUGCUCUUCUGGUUUUAAAGGCAGCAUUACACUGAAGGAAUGCAAUUCUCUGAUCUUAUUGGACUGUUCUGUUUUAUUAUCUGUCUCUACCUAGUUGGUCAUAAGAUUCACAUUACUAAUGAUUGUUUGUGUUUAAAUAUGUAAUGCAAGCACCAACAGUCAUCCCUACCAUAUCGUCACCAUAUUGAUAUCAAGGCAUUUGGUCAAAGAUAUUGUGAUACUUGAUUUUGUCCGUAUUGCCCACCCCAAGUUUCAAAGUCUCCACAAAGCACGGAAAACUGUUGAUCCUUCCAGGGUGCACAACCCUCAACACUGAGCCUUUUCUUUUUUAAACUUCCAUGUUAGAUUUCUACAUGCUAUAAUGUUGUGUACCAUCCGUGUUACAAAGCAUUAAUCAGUGCCCACUGCGUUCUGAAGUAAUCACGGCCACGAGCUGCAGGGAUUUCCUCCACAGUACAAGCAGCCAGCACCUUGAAGAGAAGCAAGAACGGGCUGAAGUUGUUUGGAGAUCCGGUUUCAGCCGGUUUCAUCCAUUUUAGAUACUGGACACAUAUUAGGGCUGGAUGAUAGAUCAGUAUUAUACACUGAAUCGGUGAUAUGAGACUCGGUGAAAUCUGGGAUCUUGAAUAUUGUUAUAGUGUGAAAUUUAAAGUGUUGUCUCUUCCUUUUUUCCUUUUUUUUUUUUUUUUUGCGACCAAAGUUUCAUUGACCUUUCUUUUGUUUUCGUUAUGGGGGAGGCAUCACGCAACCAAAUCAAAUAACUGAAAUAUCGUGUCGACACUGCAUAACACACCUACAUCUUUUCACUAAGGUGUUAACAUAUGCAUUAUAACUGUACAUACAUUUGCAUACACAUAAAGAGAUGGAGUGAAACUAAAUUAAAUGAUGUGACUGGUGCAAAGCUUUUCCGUUUUAACAGCUUCAUCACAGUGGAGGGAUGCGGUUUUCUGAACUUCGACUGUUUGCCUCAUUAUAUCCACAUUAUGAGUGAUUAUUUAGCAGAAAUGUCUCGUGUAUAAAUACAAUCUGAAAGCAUUGAUCGUCAGUCCUACUGUAUCUUCACAAUACUGAUAUCAAGGUAUUUUGUCGAAUAUGUUGUGAUAUCUUGAUUUUGUUCAUAUUUCCCAGCUCUAAUACGUUUGUACUUUGACGUUUUACAGCUUGUGUCAUGUCUCAUGAGCGCUUUUCUGCCUGUGAGCUGAUGGUUGAAGCAUUAAGGGGUUGUGCAGCUAGAGGACGGCGUGAUUGUAUAAGACAGCUUCUCUCUGUAAAAAUCCAGAUGGUCUCCUGCCAGCUUGUCUUUUGACAGGUACACAUAUAUCAAGCAGUUACUAAGAUGUGUCUGUUGUAGAGGUCUGUAUAUCAUUGUGCUUAUGCUUCAUUUUUUUUGUCUUUACUUUGUCUCUUACCAAAACAGUUUUAGGUUUUUCUUGUCAUGUUAUGUGUGCUGAAUGUAUCCGUUGAGCUGAAAGGGACCUUUAUCCGUUUUUUAAAUACUUUAAAGAAAGAAAAAAAAUAAAGAAACAAAGUGAGCUGCAUGUCGUAGAGAAGACAUGUUAUGCAAUUUUGUAAGAGUCAUUGUGGGGUGGGGUGGGGGGGUGGAGUUUAGAAUCACACUUUGUAUUAUGAUAAGCUUACAUAUGAAAACAAUGUGAUUUUAAUAGAAGAUGUUUCCAUUUUUAAUAUCAUGUCAUUUUAGAGCUUUUUACUUGGUAACACUGAUAUUGUAAAAUGAGAAAUGCCUUUUUUUCCCCCCACGUUGUGUUCUGUAUGAAAAGGAAUAAAAACAUUUUUGU